AUGAGCAAGCAUUACGGGGAGGUGAUGCACCUCGACGUCUUCGGGGAACCUACAAUAAUCAUCGACUCGUAUGAAGCCGCAAUCGCGAUCUUGGAAACCAGCUCCGCGAGCACCUCAGAUAGGCCGCGAUUUGUUAUGGCAGAAUUGGUCGGCCUCGGAUACGAGUUUGCCCUCAUGAAAUAUUCAGACGCAUGGAGGCAACGCCGCCGGAUAUUCCACAGUUUCUUUCAUCAAGGCGUGGUCUCUCAGUACAGACCCGUUCGUCUGCGCGAAGUGCGACGACUCCUGGGCAAGCUACUUGAUGAACCAGAGAAGUUUCUCCAUCAUAGUCGACACUACAUCGGCGGUACCAUCAUGAGCGCUGUGUACGGGAUUGAGAUCAAAGACCAGAACGACAAGUUUAUAGCUAUCGCAGAGAAAGGGGGAGAGAUAUUCAGCGACGUGAUGGUACCCGGUCGAUACCUAGUUGAGUUGUUCCCACUACUAGCCCGCAUUCCUGCGUGGUUUCCUGGUGCCAUUUUCAAGAGGAAGGCUGCACGUUGGGAGCGGGAUAUCCAUGAUGUCAGGACGGCUGCGUACAACGCUGCUAGUGAAGCGAUAGCGCGAGGCGACGCGGGACUGUCUAUGACAUCGUCUCUCGUAGACAAGUCCAUUCGUGAACAUGGCAGCGUCUCGGCUGAGGACGAGGAGAUCUUCAAGGAUGUCACCGGUGUUGCUUAUGCUGCGGGAGCGGAUACGGCUAGUACAAUUGCUACCCUGACAGCAUUCUUUCUUGCAAUGGUCGCAUAUCCCGAUGUUCAGCGCAAGGCCCAAGCAGAGCUUGACGAGAUUGUGGGCCAGGAUCAGCUUCCCGACUUUAGCCACCAAAAGUCUCUCCCGUAUGUCAACGCCGUCAUGAAGGAGUGCUCUCGAUGGCAUACCGUGAUGCCGCUUCUCGUUCCUCACCGGUCAAUAAAGGACGUCGAAUACAACGGCUACCUUAUACCCGCAGGCUCAGUUCUCAUUCCGAAUGCCUGGUCGAUGUCGCGCGACCCCGUUGCGUACCCUGACCCUGAUAGGUUCAUGCCAGAACGCUACCUCAAGGGAGGCAAGAUGGACCCAGAGGCGAGGGACCCACUGAAAUUCCAGUUCGGCUUUGGGCGUAGGAUAUGUCCGGGAAUGCCAUUCUCCCAGGACUCCUUGUUUCUUGCCAUAGCGUCUGUUUUGCACGCCUACAACAUCCGUCCGCCUGCAAGCGUAAAUGAUUCGUCAGAUCUGAUCCGGCUUGGGCCGAAGAUGCCAUCAGGCGGCGCCCUUUCAUAUCCAGAUCCGUUCGGAUGCAGCAUUACUCCUCGUUCUGAGCUUGCUGCAAGCAUCAUCCAACAGUCGCGCUUCUGA